CAGGUGUUUAGUAAACACUCGUGCUUUAAACUAAUUACAGUUUCAAAUGUACUUCGAACGUUUACAGCAGCAGCAAUACGUGUUCCUUGUGGGCAUUCUAUUAUGGCACUCAAUCGCAUCGCUAGCCAGAAACUGUUGCACAGUGGGCGAAACCCAGGAGGAUCCCAACGAUGGCCAGAGCUAUUAUGUCUGCUGCGGUGGAACUUUAGUUCAUAAGACCUGUAAAAGCGGUAGCUAUUGGAAUGCCACGAUGCAAUCUUGUAAAUCAGAUGCGGCUGAAUGUAGGGAGAACGAUAUUCAACUCGAUCCGCAAGACUGUGCGGCCUAUUUUCUGUGUGUGAUGGGACAAUUCGUGAGUCAGAAAUGUGCCCAUGGCACUUACUUUGAUACAACAAUCAAGGCGUGUGUAGGGGAUACCAAACAUAAUUGUAAAACGACAUCGAAAUGAGUAUCUAAUUGAAAUUGCAA